AAACCCUUUACAUAAAAAACUUGAAGAUGGCUUCCGCACUUUCAGUAAUCACCCUUUCCAUUUUCCUAUGUUUCUGUUCUUUGAAUCUGAGCAUUGAUGCUCAAACCUCAUUCCGACCUCGCGCACUUGUGCUUCCGGUCCAAAAGGAUGCUGCCACGCUCCAAUACGUGACCAAAGUUAGCCAAAGAACUCCCACUGUUUCCAUCAACGUUGUCCUCGAUCUCGGAGGUCGAUUCUUGUGGGUCGAUUGCGACAACAAUUACGUCUCCUCAACUUACCGCCCGGUGAGGUGCCGCACUUCCCAGUGCUCCCUCGCCGGAAGUGACUCAUGCGGGAACUGCACCGACGCGCCCAAGCCAGGGUGCAAUACAAACGUCUGCGGCGUAUUCCCCGAAAAUCCCAUCAUUAGAACCUCCACCAGCGGCGAAGUAGCUCAGGAUGUCCUGAUUUUAACAUCAACCGACGGGUCAAACCCGGGUAGGCCCGUCACCGUUCCUCAGUUCAUCUUCGCUUGUGGCCCGACUUUUCUACUACAAGGCCUCGCCAGCGGUACAGUCGGAAUGGCCGGAUUAGCCCGGAAUCGGAUUGCCCUGCCAUCCCAAUUGGCCUCUGCUUUUAGUUUCCACAGGAAAUUCGCAAUUUGCCUGUCGGGUUCAACCAAUUCCCCUGGAGUACUCUUCUUCGGAGAUGGACCUUACAAUUUGCUUCCAAACAUUGAUGCAUCUUCUUCUUUGACUUACACUCGGCUCUUAAUCAAUCCGGUCAGUACGGCCGGAGUUUUCAGCCAGGGAGAAAAGUCAGACGAAUACUUCAUUGGAGUCAAAUCAAUCAGGGUCAAUAAUAAGCCCGUGUCAUUAAACACUACAUUGUUGUCCUUUGACAGCAACGGUGUGGGAGGAACAAAGAUUAGUACUGUGAAUCCCUACACUGUAUUGGAAUCCUCCAUCUUCAAGGCUGUUACUGAAGCUUUCAUAACAGAGUCUGCAGCGCGGAACAUCAGCAGAGUUGCAGGGGUGGCUCCGUUUGAGGUGUGUUUCAGCUCCCAGAAUGUUGCGAGCACGAGAUUGGGACCUGCAGUACCACAAAUCGACCUGGUUUUGCAGAAUUCGAACGUGGUUUGGAGCAUUUUUGGUUCGAAUUCGAUGGUGUAUGUGAAUGAUAACGUUUUGUGCCUGGGAUUUGUUGAUGGUGGAUCUAAUCCCAGGACCUCAAUUGUUAUUGGUGGGCAUCAAUUGGAAGAUAAUCUUUUGCAGUUUGAUUUGGCGACUUCAAGGUUGGGAUUCAGUUCUUCCCUUCUUGGUUCCAGAACUACAUGCGCCAACUUCAACUUCACAUCAGUUGCCUGAAGCCUGUGAAAUAUUGUGGAAUCAAAUAAAGGAGGGGUGCCUUCUUUUUUGAAUAAAUGUGGGCCGGACGUCUCAGCUCUGUUUUCAAUUCUUGUAAUGUUUCCUCAAGUAAUAAGAAUUUCUUCAUAGUUAUUUGGUUUUUGUUAUUAUUAUUGUAUUAUUAUUAACUAUUAAAAAAAUGAAUGUAUUGCAUACUUCCUCGUUUCCAUUUUAUUAUGAAUACAAUGUAAUGUAUAUACUUUUUGGGAAUAAGAGAGGCAAAUCUGAAUAUAUUGAAGUGUUCCUAAUGAAUACAACUGUUACUAGUGGGUGAC